AUGCAAUAUUCGGCACUUAUCAAGACUACACAUCAGUGGAAAAAGGAUAUCGAGCGUCAUCUUCGUAUGGUGGAGUGCACAGAAACUCAAAAACAGAUGCUUGCCACUUUCACGCUAGUGGGAGAUGCGCUACAGUGGUGGGAGUCUAUCACCACUAUGGAGGAAAGGACCACACUGACAUAUGAUCAGUUCCAGGAUCGUUUUGACGACAAAUAUUUUUCAUUUGCAGUCAGUGCAGCUAAGAAAAAGGAGUUCCUUAACCUACAGCAAGGGGAUAGGACAGUUGCAGAAUAUGAGCAAGAAUUUACAAACCUGUCUCUAUUUGCAUUAGAGGAAGUAAAUAUAGAGGUAAAGAAGAGGGCAUGCUUUUUAAAUGGGUUAACUUGGCCCAUUAAGAAGGUUAUUUUGGGAAGCCCCGCAUACACCACAUAUUCACAGGUUGUUGAUGCAGCUUUGCAACAUUGCCAGGCUAGGAAAGACUAUAAGCGAUCUAUGGAUGAGAAUCAGAAUGAUAAAGACUCUAUUAAUCACUCUGCUGAGGGCGAUGGAGCCAGAAAUAAGGAUACGGGUGGAUUCCAGGGACAUUAA